AUUAGUCAGUUGACUUGGUAAGUAGUCUUGAUUCAAUUUCCACUUUCCCUAUUUUCAUAUAAAUAUUGCACAUAUUUUGUUAUUCUUCAUACUUCAACACUUUCUACUCUCUCUUUUACAAUAUCAUCAUUUUAAUUUCUUUCUAAAGUGUGAAAUUCUCCAAUCAAGCAAAGCAAAAACAUAGCAAAAAUGCAGAAAUUGGUGCUACAAUUGGACGUCCAUGACGAUUUGAAUUGCAAACAAAAGGCUCUAAAAUUAGUCUCUUCUAUUCAUGGGAUUGAUUCAAUCUCAAUGGAUAUAAAGGCAAGGAAAUUGACAAUAAUAGGAGACAUGGAUCCUAUAACAGUGGUGAAAAAACUAAGGAAAAGAUAUUCAUCUCAAAUAAUAUCAGUUGGGCCUGCAAAAGAGCCUGAAAAGCCCAAAGAAGCGCCCAAAAAACCCGAGGAGCCCAAAUCUGGAGUCCCAGUGAUUCAAUAUGUUCAUCCAAUGCAAGCCCAUAACUUUGGGAGUAACACCUACUACAUUGAUCCAUACUAUUCUAGAUACAAUGGUUAUGCUUAUGCAAGAAGUGUGGAAGAAGACCCAGUUGGAUGCGUUAUUUGUUAACUACGAGGCGGAGUACUCCCUCUAUUUCAUAACAAUGUUUCAAUUUUUUUUAUUUUUUUUUGGUUAGAUAUAUUCAUUAUUUAUAUUAAUAUUAAAUAGCUCUGAGCUCUCCUAAGUCAUAAAUAGGUGAAUAACAUUUAUCAGAAAAGUAAAUGUGGAUUACGUAUAGCGGUAUAGGUGUAAUUUAUUAUUAUUAUUGUUAUUAUUAUUAUUAGGGUAAUGCUAUACAUAGCCCUUAGGGCUAUAUAUAAGCAUUAAAAACGCUCUGAAAAAUUGUAUAAAAUUAUUAUUAUUAUUUAUUUUAUGUAAUUUUUUGUAAGAUGCUAAAACUUAGCACAUUUGUUUCCUUCAAAGAUUUGAAAAUUUUUGUAAUAAAUAUUCCUAUUUUUAUUAAA